AUGACGAGCUUCACAACUUGGUCGACCAAUCAAAUUAGUACAGUGUACGAAAGACCAGAACAACAGCGAACACAAACAAGUUGGAACUGGAACAAGUGUCAGGCAUAUGGGCCUUGCUCAAAUAUCUACCAUUUGCUGCUACUGGGAGAUCCACAUGGCCCACCCAUUGGUUAUAAUGUUAUGACACAAAAUAGAUUUGAAAAACUAAAAAAUUGUUUGAAAGAAGUUCCAGAAGAACACAAUGGUGUCGAUGAAGUAAUGAUUAGAGCAGCAGGAAAAAAUGUAAAAAGAAAGAGAGAAUCAUGGAAAGGGCUCGCACGUGAAGUGGUCAUGAAAUCAACAGACACAUUGCCAGAAAACCACAAUUUCAAGGUAUAUGCCGACAACCUUUUUACAAGCGAUAUACUUGCUCAGUACCUGUUGAAUAGAGGUAUCUAUUUAAUUGGAACAGUAAGAGCAAAUAAGCUGAAAGGUUUUGACCUGCCGAAAGAGAAAGAUAUGAAGGCCAAAGGACGAGGCGCAGUAGCAAGCCUAGACCACACAGGGCGAUUCAUUGUAGUGAGACGGUAUGACAGCAAAUCUCUUACUCUGCUGUCGUCUUUCGCUGGUGUUGAGCUCCAGGAUAAGGCAAAUAGGUGGAACAAAUAA